AUGAACGAAACGGUGGAAGAAGAGAAAAACUGUACCUAUGUCGAAAGAUAUGAAGAAAUCGACCUUGUCAGCACAUACAUCUACCUCUUGGUACUUCCUGCCGUUUGUCUAGUGGGCACUCUAGCGGCCUGUCUAUGUGUCAUCGUGUUCACGAGAAAGCAGAUGAGGUACGUCAGAACAAUUUGAUAUGCAUGGUGUUCAUUAACUUUUUUUUUCGUUCAGCGGGUUUCGGAAACUUUGCUCUUUUUGAUUCUUUUUGUAUCAAAGUUCAACUUAUUUUGAGAAGAAAAAUUCACAAAAUAUCUCAAUUUAUUGAUAUGAAUUCAAAUUGAUUCAAUUCGCUUUGAGUCUAUGCCAGAAAUCAUCAAAAUUGCGACAAGCCCGUAAAAUUUUCAGAUCGUCGCUCAACAUUUAUCUAGCCGGGCUAUCAGUUUUCGAUCUUAUUCUACUGUCCUUUAGUGCUUUGAUCUACACACCUCUCCAAGGAUGUGUUCUCCAGGUAUCAAUUUUUCUUGAGAUCCUAUUCAAUUUCUUUCAAAACUUCAAAAACUACUUAGUCAAUAGAUAGAAGAAAACUCAAAAUAUUUUCAGAGUAGAAAAUUUAAGGUUUCAAAGUUCAAAGUCGACUAGUUCGUGUGUCUGAGCUCCUGUGGUAGGAGGACUUUUGUUGAUUUCUGAGACUCUCUAGUGUAUUGUGAUCUCUGACUUUUUUAACAGAAUUUAUCAUAGACCUUUAAAAUAUGAUCAGCACUGGGAAACUUUUUGAGCUCAUUUUUUCACCCGUUGAAGUAUACAUAGAUCUUUGGAUAACUGAUAAGUGAAGGCAAACGCAAAGUAAAUUCAAUAACGCGAUGGCGAAUUUAUGAGAGUUUGAUUAUGUGAAUGAUGAAGUCUAUAUUUGAGGCUAACACUAUCGAGCAGCAGUAUGUCAAAUAUUGAGAAAUAGGUUUUCUACUUUUUCGAUACCAUGAAAAAGAUGAAAUCCCCUGGAAACAUCUUCAAAAAAUCAUUUUAAGGGUCAUGGAGACACUGCGAUAUGCCAUUUUUUCUGGAGAUUCACCCCAUAUUCCUUGCCUAUCUCCAAUAUCGCUCAAGCCGGCAGUGUUUGGACUUGCGUGGCAGUUACUGUAGACCGGUUUCUGGCUGUGAAUUACCCACUUCACAGCAAAAUUUGGUGCACUCCCAAACGAGCAAUUUGCAUUUUGGCUGUCAUUACCGUUGUCAGCUGUUUGUUCCGGGUGAGAACGUUUUUCUGUUAGAGACGUGUUGAAACUUGGAAUGUUCAACUUGUUCAUGAGUUUUCGACGUAUACAUGUGGUUCUUAAAAAACAAUCAAUAUAUUCGAAAAUUAUCUGGCUUGCUCUUGAAAACUCAAAAGGAAGAAUACCUUCUCUCCAUCUUUAAACAACCCAAGAAAACUGAAGGAAUCAGACAAAAACUUUAUCUCUGUCUUCGAUAUAAUCCUUAAAAGUCAAUGGGUCCAUCCUCUCGCGAAUUCUUUUUUACUCUGGCUUCAAAUAACAGAGAGGCACUAAUGACGCUUUUCUUUUUGACUUCCGGCUGUAAAAAAUGAGAUAAUUGGGUGCUGAUAUGUAGGUCAUGUCCUUUUGAGUCAUGGAAAAAUGAAGUUUGAAACAGGAAAAGGACCGAAAAGACUCUUUUACAACUCUUUGAAUAGGAAUUUUUCGAAAGUUGAAAUUUCUUUUUUGCGAUAGGACACCCCGAAAUCCGUACAAGAAGCCGUUUGGGGGCUUUGAGCACUAAUUAAAAAAAAAAAACUAUGAAGUUAGGAAGAUUGAAACUUCCUGGAUCUUUCUCUAACACAAAAAAAGAAAGAGGGCUUUGGCCAAUUUUUUUAAGAAAGUCCCAGCCGAAAAAAAUUAAAUAACCUCAUUACUAAGUUUUUUUCUUUAACCUUUUGAGAAAGCUUUCACUGAUGAAUUCUUAAGAAUGAAAACCAAACGAUCUCUAGGCACCGAUGUUUUUUUCGAACUGACCACGAACGAAUGUGGGAUCAUCGCCAUGACAGGACUUCGGCGAGACGACGACUACAGAAAAUAUUAUGUCAUGUAUGGAUACGUCGCCGUGAUCCUUGCGGUUCCCUGGACAGCCAUGAUCGUUUUGAAUACGUUUGUCGUACUUGCCGUGCACAGAGCGUACAAAAUCCGCAGGACUAUGCAAGGCGGCAAAGCCAAUCAAGAAGAAAGGGAUCGCAGGUACUUUUGUGAUUUCGGUUUGUUGAAAAAAAUGCCGGAACGCUCAUCUAAAUUUUCUGGAUUCUUCAAAUUUCUGCAUUUUUUUGAAAAAAGGAAGCUAUCCGUAAAAUAAUUUAUUUUUGAGAUACCCCAAAGUUGGAAGAAAAUAGCGUUUCUUUAAAAUAUGCUUAAGGUGUACCUUGAUGGCUCUCGCAAUGAUUUUAACAUUUAUCGUGUUCAACAUCAUCGCAGCGGUCAACAAUAUUGCCGACUCUCUGGACAUCAGUUUUUCUGUAAACUGGGGACCAAUCGGCAAUCUCUUGAUUUGCUUGAACAGGUGAAGAUUUUAAGAAGUUUUUAUUUUGAUAUUUGGGUUUCAGCGCAUCAAACAUUGUGAUUUAUUCAUUAUUUGGGGCUCGUUUCCGGCAAAUGUGCGUCGUCAUGUUGUGCGGAAGGAACAGUAACUGGAUGGAAUGGCUUCGCACUGGAAGGUGAAAUUUUGAAGCUGAAAAAAGUUAGAGUCGUUUGAAAAUAUUUGCGGACAAGGCGUGUGAAUAUACACAAAAAAGAUAUUUGUGAAAAUGAAGAAAAAAAACUUUGUAUUUUCGAAAUCGAAGUCCAUUAGAUUCUUUGCCCUAACUCUCUUCAAAGUUAGGAAAUCUCAACGAAACUCGGAUAUUUUAUGAACUUCGGUAUAUCAAACUGUGCAAUUCUGAAUUCCAAGCGCUACAUAAAAAAUUGAAUAAUAAAAAAAUGCAAAAAAAUCGACUUUGCACAAUUUGAAAAAAAAAUUGAAAUCAAAGCUUAAAAUGAUACGAAAACAUUGAUACUUCACCCGUAUGUUGAAACGGCAACCGCACAUAUUCGGCGAAAAUUUGCAAGCAAUCCAUACAGCUGACAAAAAGUUAUGGCACAAAACCACAUGGUUGAUUUCUUUUUGGACGGUACUGUAUAUAAAAACUGGCGACCACAGUUUUCCAAAUUUCAAAACUGAAAAUAAACCUUGAUCAAUUCAAAAGAAAAAAGGUGAUAAAAUAGUCUAGUUACAGUUCUCGAGGGAUGGUAAGCGACUGGGACGUACGCGAUGGAACGACACGGAAAACCAGCCUCGACGCAAGCACCGCUCUUCUCAGCGCAAGGGUUUGAAUAAAAUCAAAUAAAAUUCAAUCCUAAACUCAAUAAUCGAUAAAAAUCGCGAUAUUUUCAGAGAAUGACUAUCGUUCAUUACGUUUUGAGCGACGUAAGUCUCACCAUGGAGUUGAUCAACCCCGCAUGCUUAACUUAGUUUAACAGUACUAACAUUUUCCUAACUAAUGAAAACUUUGGUUCUGGAACCCUUUGUGAAACAGAGAGUUCAUGUCUCAUUUUUUUUUUCAGAGCUCGGGACGUUGGAGCAGAAAGAGUCAGUUUGGAAGAGACGGUUCGAUCAGCAUAUGUGGACGAAGGGAUACUGUGCUUUUCUCGAACGUGCCUAGUAGGAUGUCCUUGCAGCAGCCUCUUGCCUAA